AUGGGCAUUUGCUGUUCUGGGGGCUAGAAUCGUCCUAAAUAGAAAGGUGAACAUAAAGCGCAGAAUAUAAUCAAUGUGUAUUAAGAAUAGCAAAAAUAAGAUGAGUUCUAAGAAUUAAGUGGAGAAAUUUAGGAAAUUUUAGAGAUGUACUUGAAGCAUGAAAAGAAUUCUCCUUAACACAAGUCAUUAAGUGAAUCAAGUCAUUUAAAACACAGUCUUGAAAUGCCUAAUACUCCUUAUUUCAAGAACAACACAGAUUCUGAGGACUAAUUUCAUUUUCUUAGAUAAACUAAAUAAUUAGAAGAAAUUAGCAUAGAAGCGCUUGCCACAUAAAAGCAGUGA